CUAAUUUGCACAACUCCAUCAAUAAUAAAUCGUAGUUCUCUCAACUUAAACUUAGGGGUUGUUGGGGAAAAAGUCUGGGAUUACCUCCUGUACACUCAAAGAUGGGCGCCCGGAGCUUGUGCAGAUUGGCUAAGUCUGAACCAAACGGCUUCGUGUUACGAAGUACCAACAAGUUACUGGACCAUCCACGGACUAUGGCCCGGUAAUACGACCGGAGACGAGCCCUUUUACUGCAACGACACUCCUCUAAACUUAACCGAGUUGGAGCCCAUAACACCAGAACUGAUGCAGCAAUGGCCCACCACCAGGAACUACUCCGGCGACUUCUAUGGUGACUGCGUCUUUUUCUGGCAACACGAGUGGGACAAACAUGGUACUUGUGCCAUGGUCUUGCAGAGUUUUGCCACAGUUUUUGACUACUUUGACGUCAGUCUUCAGUGGAAUAAAAAGUAUGACGUUUAUAAAGCCUUGGAGAGUCAUGGAGUAGUGCCUAGUACCACAAGAGGUUACAAUUUUGCCGAGAUAUCCGAGGCAUUACAAGAAGCUUUCGGUAAAGUACCAGACGUUAUUUGUACUACAGAUAAUCUGAUACACGAAGUCAGGAUUUGCUUCGAUAAACAGUCUUCUUUGAUCGAUUGCACGAAGAUACAAACUGAGUGUGAUAAAACUCGUGACAUAUUGUAUAGAUAA